GCACUUCAUCCCACACUCCACGAUGUUGUGUACCCCCAAUAUUUCCCUCAAUUCCCCUUGAAAUACCGAUAAAAUCCAUCGGAUAUGAUCAAACAGACAUUUAAAAAAUUUCCUCUCCAGUGAAAAUUACCAAAAAAAGCCGGAAAAAUGAAGUUGAAGUGGAUUUUUACGGCGAAAUGAGUGAAAGUGGAGGGGUGAAUUUUCUUUGAAGCAAAAAAAUCGUACAACUAGGAUCCGAGUUUCUGCUAUCUGAUAUCAACUGUUUUAUCAAUUCACCAUGGAUUACUUCCCCAGAGUUAUCAUUCUACUGUUGUCAGGAGUCGCUGGAGGGGUGUCGGUAACAUCUGCCCUCCACUUCAAAGUGGAGCCCGAAGACACAACAGUGGAGGAGGGUGGCCCAGCGCGUUUAGACUGUACCGCUUCAAGUGCCUUUGGUCCAGUGACCAUUCAAUGGAGGAGUGAGGAUGGUCAGUCCAUAAAUUUCAUAGGCGAUGGUUAUCGCUCACAAUUGGCCAAUGGAUCACUCUACGUAACGAGUGUAACCUCGGACAAUGCCGAGACGACGGGAAAGUAUCAGUGUUUAGCAUCUGUCGAUAAUGUCGGGGCAAUUGUGUCAAGGGCUGCAGAAAUCAAGGUCGCGACGCUUCCGGAAUUCCAGGAGGAGCCGCGGGAGACAAUGGUGUAUCUGGGGCAGAUAGCUUAUCUCGUUUGCUCAUUGCCGGUGAUUGAGAGGGGUAGAGUUAGGGUUCAAUGGCUGAAAGACGAACAUCCUCUGGUGAUUGAUGACAGCAGGAUGAGUCUCAUGCCAUCUGGGGCACUGGAGAUCGAUGAUGUGAGGACGCACGAUGUGGGGGCGUACAGGUGCAACGUGAGCGGCUACGGUCAAUCCCGUCUUAGCGGCAAGGCCCAACUCUCCCUCCUUACCAGUGACCUUGACCAAGCCCCAACGGCCCCAAUAUUCGUCGCGAAACCCCACCAACAAGUCGCGAUCGAAGGUUCCACAAUCACCCUGGAGUGCGCGGCAAACGGUUACCCGAAGCCCACGAUCCUCUGGCUGAAGGACGGCGUAACCGUUGACCUAGCAGCUCUGGACUCUCGCUACCGCGAGGUGGCAGCCUCCAGUCUCAUGAUCACUGACGUGAUGGAGGAGGACAACGGUUCCUAUCAAUGCAGGGCUGAAAACCGAGUGGAGACACUUGAUGCUGUUGCCGAGGUCAUAGUCCAGGUACCUCCCAGAUUCGUCAAGCGACCGGAAGACAAGGUGGCGAACAAGAAUCAAGACUUGGAGUUUGAGUGCGAGAUUUAUGGGAAGCCAGAGCCCAGGGUAACUUGGCUGAAGAACGGAGAGAGGAUCACUCUCAGCGAAUACUGGCAGCUAGUCAACAGCAAUAAUUUGAGGAUCAAUGGACUCCUUGCUAUUGAUGCCGGGAUCUUUCAGUGCAUCGGGGUCAAUCCUGCUGGCAGUGUUCAGGCUGCUGCUAGGCUAACCAUCAACAUGCCGAAGAAAAAUCCCUCAAAGACGACAACGCCAAAAUCAUCGAUGAAGAAAAAGAAAUUAUCUCAUCAAAGAUUGUACAAUAACACUUGGCAGCAUCCUAGUACCCUUCUUGGUCAUACAUUAUCAGCAUUCACCCCAAAUCCACCGUCCAUGGACGACCCCUCGGAUUUGCAGCGUGAAAUUGACGAUCCCAUUCCCCUGUACGACCCUGCCUCCCAUUUUCUAGAUGACACAGAUGGUCCUGAUAUAGCUGAGGGAAGUGUGCCGUCAGCCCCCCGUAAUCUUAGUGUCGCCAUCGUCAAGACGAGGUUUGUGACGCUUAGGUGGGAAGAGCCGGAGAACACGAAUGGCGAUGCUCUGACGUAUAAUCUCUAUUACAAGCAGGAGGGUUCACAAAGGGAACGAGUGCUGAGCACAGCCCACAAACAGCUUGAUGCAGUGGUCAGAAGUCUUCAGCCUGGUGUCACCUACGAGUUUCGAGUGGUCGCCCACAACCUCCGAGGGGCAGGUGCCUCCUCAGAGACCCUCAGGGUGACCACCCACUCCGAGGCGGACGUCCCAGGCCCUCCACUUAACCUCGAGGGUAUGGCGACCAGCGCCACCAGCAUCAAACUUUCAUGGCAGGAGCCCAAGGUCCUCAAUGGUCGCAUCUCCAAAUACGUCAUCACCUACAUGGAGGGCGAGGGGGAAGGCGAAAAAAUACGGGAGACGACGAGCACCACCCACGAGUUGAUAGACUUGAUACCGUAUACAGAGUACAGUAUCUGGGUGCAUGCCGUUAAUGAGAACGGACCUGGGGCCUCCACGGGGGAAAUCUCGAUCAAGACUUUCAGCGCUCCGCCAUCUGAGCCACCUCACAAUGUCACGCUUGAGGCGGCUAGUUCGACGAGCAUCAUCGUCAGGUGGGAAGCUCCCCUGGAGGGACGGAAUGGCAUCAUCACGGGGUAUAAAAUUCGGUACAGGAGACAGGACAGGCGAUAUCCUUCUGAUACGAUCACUACUGAAGGCAACCAACGCCUCUACUCCCUGACCGGCCUCGAGCGUCACGUGGUCUACCACAUCCGCAUCGCCGCUCUAAACGCCAAGGGCAUAGGUCCCUGGACUGAGUGGAUGCCAAUAGAGACUUACGAGAAUGAUCUCGACGAGUCGACGGUGCCCUCGGCCCCAAGUGCACUAGACUGGAAGGCGAUGGCCGAUUCUAUAUCGAUCCGGUGGAGUCCUCCCAAGGACGACGGUAUCAAGGUUCGCGGGUAUAUUGUGGGUUGGGGCAAGGGCUAUCCCGAUGUUUACACUCAACGCCUCGACGGUAAGCAACGGUUCUUCUCGCUGGAGAAUCUCGAGCCCCUGUCAGAGUAUGUCAUCACUCUGAGGGCGACCAACGAAGCUGGGGACGGUCCACCCAUAUACGACAAUGUCAGGACAACUGAGAAGUCUGUACCGGAGUCACUGGCCCCUCUCAUACCUCCAGUCGGGCUCAAGGCCAUUGUUCUCUCUGCCAACACUGUCGUGUUGUACUGGACUGACAGUUCUUUGUCGAAGAGCCAGUAUGUGACUGAUAACAGGCACUACGUGGUGAGAUACAUCUCCUACCACCCCAGUUCCUUCAACCCGAAGUACAAAUACUUCAACGCGAGUGAUCUCAACUGCAUGAUAGAUGACCUCAAGCCCAACACGCAGUAUGAAUUCACGGUGAAAACGGUUAAAGGUAAGAGAGAGUCACCCUGGAGUAUGAUUGUCCUGAACACGACCCAGGAGGCUGCACCCACCACUUCCCCGAGGGAUCUCGUCGUUCAGGGAAGUGAGGACAGGCCUAGCUCGGUUCUCCUCAAGUGGCAGCCGCCUAAACAACCCAAUGGCCAGAUCAUCGGGUACAUUCUGUCCUACUCCACGGACAACACGAAGCGCGACAGGGAUUGGCUGGUGGAGGGCAUCGUCGGGAAUAGGACGGAGUAUGUCGUCAAGGGCCUCAGGCCUGGCACCACUUACUACUUUAAGAUGCAGGCGAGAAAUCUCAAGGGGUAUGGACCGUUCUCUUCGACGGUGAUGUUCAAGACACUUCCCAGCAAUGGAAUGGAUUACUAUGACGAUUUGCAUGACCGAGACGGCAAGGGCCUGUCCGGAGUAUUCAUCUACGUCAUCGUGGGUUGCUCCAUCGUCCUCCUGACAGGAAUAGCCAUCGUCGUCGUCUUUGUCUGCUGCAAACGCAAUCCAGACUCUCCGGAUCGUAAAAAAAGCUACAUGAAGGAUCCAGCUCAGAAGACAAACAUCAAACCCCCGGACCUGUGGAUCCACCACGAUCAGAUGGAGCUGAAAGCCUUGGAGAAAUCAUCCAUGAACGGAGAGGCAUCCACCAGUGGAGUUGUCAGCAACACUCUACCCAGAUCUGGAACUUCUGAUUACAGUCAGGAAAAUGUUACUGUUAACUCUAGUUCUCUGGACAAACGAACAUACGUUCCCAGCUACAUGGGGAGCAUGGAUGAAAAGUGUUCGACCCUGAGCAGACAACAUAGUCGUGGUAAACCAAAACUCAUUACAUUACCUGUUGAUGGUGGACCAUUGACACAUCCGGUAGCAACAGCAACGCCAUUGGUCAAUGGCAGCAUGUCUCAGCCGACGAUUCACAAUUCCUGCACAGACGGUUCAGGCUCAAGACCGUCUUAUCCCAGAACUGUGGCCCAGUAUAGCCUGAGUCGAGCGCAUAUAACUCUGGAACCCACGCCGGAAUCUUCGCCUGACUCUUGCUCGAUGCCCAGCACCUACGAUCAACUGAACUCGUUGACCUAUGGGUCGACGGGUCCGACGUACACUGCCAAUAGUAAUUAUGCUGCGGGCCAUUACGGUGGGAGGGAACAGUCUUCCAAUGGACCUGGGAAUGCAGGAACAGGCACUUCUGGUGGUACCGGCGGGACUUCCUCUACGGGUACGGAUACUGGGAGUGUCAAGCGUCUUCAGGGGCAUCCCCUGAAGAGCUUCAGUGUCCCAGCGCCCCCUCCACAGUCAGCGCCAUCGACGCCCCAGCAGAAGCAUGGAAUGUCUCAGGUAACGGUGAGACCAAGUGUCUCGGGGAGUCCCUACAAGAAGCAGCUGGGCUCCACCAGUCAGUUGACGAAGAAUCGACUGGCCUCAGUCUCUUCCGCGUCUCACACCCCUGAGGAGAUCGAGAGACUGAAGCCCUCGUACAGCACCGAGGAGCUUAACCAGGAGAUGGCCAACCUGGAGGGCCUCAUGAAGGACUUGAAUGCCAUCACGGCCUCGGAGUUUGAAUGUUGAGAGGUUUUUGAGGGAAUUCGUGAGACUGAUGAUCAUAAUUGACAGAGAUCGGCACAAAUAUUAUUUUCAACAAUAUUUGCACCGCAGAUACAUAUUUUUCGCUUUAUCACUAUUAACUUGUAAAUAUUUUUCAUUAUAUUGUGGAUGAAUAUUGAGAUGUUCACAUUUUUUUUAAAUACCGUAUCAAUGAGUAAUAGUUAAAAAUAAAAAAUUAUUAUUUAUCUGAUCAGAAAUUAGAAUAUUUUAGAGUAAUCAUUCAAUCAAUAACGAAAAUUGAAAUAUUUCCACUAUUUGUGACGAACGAAAUUGGUAUUUUCUGUUUUACAUUUUCCAUUGAUAUAAUAAUGAAGAUUAAUUGUGUACCAUUAUUGAUUGAAAA